GUGAUAUCACGCUCAGCCUAUCGGAGGCAGGGCCUGCCAUUUCUCCUCCUCCGCUGCUCCUCGGAAGCGUGUGCGGUGUGCUCGAUGAUGCUGAUGCUGCUAAGGCGUACGGUCGGCCUCACCGGAUAAGACCGUCAUGCUCUGUCCCAGAGGUCUCAUCCUGGUGCUCAUUGGGGGAAGAAGCACACUUGCCUCACAAUAUGGCUCCAACAGUGACAGCUAGCAAAGAUGUGUCCUGCUUUUGAUGAGACCAGGAAGCAAAGACCCAACCGGACAAAGCCUGGGCUCGAGGAUGGCCAAACGUGAUUACUUGGUGGAGGCGGCCAAGCAGAUUCACAUGGCUCUGGACAGUGAGGUCAACGAGGACUAUGAGGCAGCUUUCAGUUAUUAUAAGAAUGGCGUGGACUUACUCUUGAAUGGCGUCCAGUUGGACCCAAACAAAGAGCGUCGGGAGGCUGUUAAGAGGAAGACGACCCAGUAUUUGAAGAGAGCUGAGGAGAUAUUCAUAACACACCUGCAGGACAACCUCGGGAAAGGCAAUUCUCAUUUAGGGGGCUACAGCAGUCUGAGAUUCCGCCCGGUAAGACACUUGAGUUCUCCUGUGGAGGAUCUGGAGAUGUGUAAAGUGGUGGGCGUCAGUGAUAAGGUCUUAGUUGUGCAAAGCAUGGUCAAUAAGGAGACAUUUGUCGUAAAGAGUCUGAUGAAGUCCAGCUGGGAAAGCAGGGAGCAGCCGACCAUCAUCCCUCAAGGAGUGCCGUACAUGGUGAAGCUGCUGCGGUACUAUGUCAGCGAGGACACCGUGUACCUCCAUCUUGAACAUGUCAAAGGUGGGAGGCUUUUCUCAAAACUUCACAAACUGCGAAAGGAGAGAGCAAAGGAGCACCCAGAAUGCAUCACAUCUGGCCAGCGCAACGUCAAGAUGAAGAGCAGCUACACCUCACCCGCAAUCUGCACAGACUACAAGCACAGCGUCAGCAAGGAAAGCGGUCCUCACAAGCCGAACGACGAGAGCCCGGAUGCGGAAGACCCGAGGUCUUGGGAAGAGACCCGGCUCCGUCUGGACAGCUGUCGGACCUACUCCUACAUCGAGGAGACGGGUUGCCUCCAGAAUUCCCGUUCCGCUGCGCCAUUCCGCACAGAGACUGACCGCGCCACUCUGCUCUCUGGACCCGCAAGCACGCAGGUCAACGCUCGCAUCCAUCCGCCAGCUCCGACUUUGUGUCUGCACUCGUCUCAAACUCAGGACAAGCUCGCUCUUCCUCUAUCUUGCGCUCGCAUCAGUCAAGCUCUGGACGUCAUGUCAGAAGUCAAUGAGAAGAAAGGUGGAAUUGGACUAAUAGAGUGCAGCUCUGACUUUGAAGCGGCUUGGAAGGCUGCAGAUCCGGCGCGUAGAAGUCAACAAAUCAACCCCUAUGCAGUCCCUGACAUGAAGAUGACAAUUCAUUCACACAACUCAAGUCUUAGAACAGAAUCUCCAAACACUAAAAAUCAGUCUUCUCCAGCCAUUUUACAUCUUCCACUUCAUUGCCAAACACAAAUUCACGGUAGGGCGUCUUGGGAUGCCCCGAGCUUUUCCCAGGGACCGGCUUUAAGCGAGGCUACAAACUUAGACGCGAAGCAAGCCGGCAGCUCCCCUUCAGAGGAGCAUAACGGAGUGGUGGUUCUCAAGAGCACGGACCAAGCCGUGUUCUCGGACCACUCGGAAGCACGGGCCACCUCGGGGAGCGAAUGGCCCGCAAAGGAAACAAGUCCGAUUAGUGAAGAACCUUUAAGUCCCGGAAAAGUGUCCCCGACCGCCGAGGGAUCCUUUUCGAGCUGGUACUCCCCCCGCCUCCUCGGAGUCCAAAAGAGGACUGAGGACUCACCAGAAAGGACGGGAGAUGACCAGAUCAUUGAGGUGGAGGGAUGGUGCCACGUACCUCGUUUACCGCUCAAAUCCUCAGAAAAGUCCGGCCGGCAGACUUGCUGGGGGCUUCCCGAAUCCCAAGUGAGUGUGUGGGGUGCCCAGAUCUUGUUGGCCCUGGAGAGCCUCCAUCAACAGGGCAUCGUAUGUCGGGACCUCAAUCCCAGAAAUGUUCUGCUAACCAGCAACGGAAAGGUGAGCUUGACUUUUUUUGGGCAGUGGAGUGAGGUUCAGUCCGAAAUCGACUGCGACGCUAUGGAAGAGAUGUACUGUGCACCAGAAAUUGGUGGAGUGUCCAGAAUUACAGAAGCAUGCGAUUGGUGGAGUUUGGGGGCACUAUUGUUUGAACUUCUCACGGGAAUGCCUCUAUGGCAGCUCCACCCAACAGGAAUCAACUCCCACACUCAGCUGCUCAUCCCCGACCACCUGAGCACCGCGGCUGCAUCCCUUCUCACCGAAUUACUUCAGUUUGACGCCGGCUAUCGUCUGGGGUGCGGCGGCGGAGGUGUGAGCGACAUCAAGUGUCACCCUUUUUUCAGUGGCGUCUCCUGGAAGGCUCUGAGCUGCUAGCCGGGCCCAGACGCCCAUUCACCGAGGCCUCAGACAGUCAUGCACCGGAAAUGACGAGAGGAUCCCAAUUUUUUAGCUUUCCCAAAGAAAACUGACAAUGAAGUCCCAUUAAGAGCAUGUACUGUAUUUCUAAGAUCACUAUACAUCUUCAGACUACAGGUACUCCCUGGGUUACGAUGUACUCGACCUACGCAACUUCAACUUUACAACGCUUGAGUCUCGUCUGCCAUUUUGUUUUGUUGUUGUUUUUGUUUUAGUCACAUAUACAGUACCUUAUUGUACCACACAGUAUCUUUAAAAAAAAAUUUUUUUUUUUACCUUACUUCAUUAGUAUGGCAUGUUCUGUCCUCACUAAAUGUGAUGUUGUUCAGCUUUACAGACAGCAAACAAGGCAAUUCAGCUUUUUGAAGCUUUUGACUUCAUUUUUGACAAUUGGUAAAACUAACACACAUUUGUUCAAAGUCAAAAAACACUUGACAUGAAACAAUUGUUCAAACGUUCAUUUUAGGGCUGUCAAACGAUUAAAAUUUUUAAUCGAGUUAAUUACAGCUUGAAAAUUAAUUUAUCGUAAUUAAUCACAAUUCAAACCAUCUAUAAAAUAUGUCAUAUUUUUUUGUAAAUUAUUGUUGGAAUGGAAAGAUAAGACACAAGAUGAAUAUAUACAUUCAACAUACGGUACAUAUUAGUACUAUAUUUGUUUAUUAUAACAAUAAAUCAACAAGAUGACAUUAACAUUCUCUUAAAGGGAUCCAUGGAUAGAAAGACUUGUAGUUCUUAAAUGUUAGUACAAGUUAUAGAAAUUUUAUUUUAAAACCCCUUUUAAUGUUUUCGUUUUAAUAAAAUUUGUAAAAUUUUCAAAAAAUAAACUAGUAGCCCGCCAUUGUUAAUGCCAAUAAUUACACAAUGUUCAUGGGUGCUGAAGCCCAUAAAAACAGUCGCACCCAAGCGCCAGCAGAGGGCGACAAAACUCCAAAAAACACAAGUAACAAGUGGACAUUGCACUGCUGCUGUCAUUUUAAUCUGUUUGAGCGGGGCAUGUGCGCUAAUUGUGUCAAAUAUUUUAACGUGAUUAAUUAAAAAAAUUAAUCACCACCCGUUAAUACGAUAAUUUUGAAAGCCCUAGUUCAUUUAUGCUAAUCUAUUUGUAAAUUUAGUAGAUUAGCCUAAUUUGCCAACAAAAGUCUUAAAUACUACGAAUGCUAACAUAUUUACAAUUCUCUUAGCAAAUUGCUCACACGUAACUCCACAAACUUUAGCUGUAAAAAUAAUUACAAAUGCAUGCUCAAACAUAUAUUAGCUGAAACAACUUACAGCCUUAUGUGGGCCAAACCAGAGCGCAGCUGUCCUUUAUCCAUGUCAGAAGUCUGAGUCUGCUCAGUCUUACAGCCAGACCCAAUGCUGCCACCAAAGGGCAAUGUUUCCUCCACAAAAUACAAUACUUUUGGACUUUUUGUAUAGUGUAGGAGUACUUAAAGGGUAAACAGCGUAGGAAGGCAACUCGUCUGUAACCCGGGGACUACCUGCAUUGGACUUUUGAUAUUAAUUUUCUUUAAUAUAUAAGACUAGCAUACAUGAUGUUCUCCCAUUAUCCCCAUGCAUGAAAAUGGUUAACAUUUUUACAAUCUUUUCAGUCACCUUUAUCUUAUAUACUGUGUGUUUGUAUGACAAAAUACAUUUUUCACCCAGAAUUCUGCCAUCGUCACACCAUCUAACAGCUCCGGAACAUUCUUUUUGUAGGUACAAAAAAAAAAAA